AUGGCAAUCAACCAACAAGAACUUCAAAGUCAAACUAUCAAUGGUCAUUCUGAUUUAAAUCCAAUCGCCAUCUCAGAAAUCGAUUCGGUUCUAUCAAUGGAAGUCAAGAUCGAUCAAUUAGAUGACUUCGUUUGGGAAGAAGAAUAUCAAGAAAUUUUAAACUCAUUCACUUCAACCGGUUUACCUAAUCCAAAACAUUCACAAAUCAAUUCAACUCUGAUUUUGAAAAUCAUUUUAUCAAAUUUAAAAUUAAUCAUUCAAAAUUAUUUAAGAUUUGGAGAAAGAAUUUUGAUCGAUGCAAAAGAUGAAGUAGGACAUCAUAGUGGAAAUUGGAAUCCAAAUGAUACACAAAACAAUUUAAAUCAAAUUACAACCAACUUAUUAAAUUUUAGUUCACAAUCAACAGAUCAAGAAUCAAUCAACAAUCGUCAUUUAAAUCAAUUAUCAAUAGAAGAAUUUAAUCGAAUUCAAAAUAUUCCAUUUACAAUUCAAAGAUUAUCAGAAUUGGUUUCAGUACCACAAUUAAGACCGACUCCAAAUGAUCCAAAAUUAGGUAUCCAUCCACAUUAUUUAACAUUACCUAAAUAUUUGAGAGCUAUACAAAGAGUCCUAUCUGUUACUUCUCCCAUCACUUAUUAUUCAAUAAACACCUUUACAUUACCAGAUCUAACUGAACCUGAACCAAACCCAACCAAUUUAUUAAACGGAUCACAAAUCUCUUCUAAUCUGAAUGGAGAUUUGAAUAGUUCAAACAUGAUGAAUCCGACAGUCAGACCAACAGCAAUAAGACAACGACGGCCAUCCACCUCAACACCCAUCACACCAGUUCUUUCCCCAAUCCAAUGGUUAAUCAACGCACCACUUGUCACAGCAGAUCCUUCUAGAUCAAGACAAAGUAGUCCUUUAAUUAGCUUAUCACCAACUGAUGAAAGACCAAUCACACCUCCUUUAGGAACUCAUCCAAUCUCUUUGAAACAUAAUGAUCAUUUGAAUUCGGGUCCUAGAAUUGAUGAAGUUGAUAUGGGUAAUGGAAAUGGGGAUGAAAUGUUGGAUGAUCCAGUUGAACUUAGUAAUACUGAUUCUGGUCAUCAAAAUUCUAAUAAUGAAAAAAUUGAUGAAGAUGAUCAAAUGAAAGAGAAUGAUCUUAAAGAAUGA